AUACAAUGUAAGCUGGGGAGGGAGGCAGAAUGGUGAUCCCCAGCAAAGGGGACGAGGACAGCUCAUUUACUGUUUCUGUCAACGAAGAUGUCGGCAAAACCGUUCGUGGAAAAUUGUGGACCAGACAGGAGAAGAAGCAGUGGUCGAUUGCCUUGUUCAUGGGCUGUAGUGCCCUGUAUGCCUGCCGUACUGUUAUGCCCCUCUGUGUCAUGGCAAUUUCCAAGGACCUGGAAUGGGAUAAAACAGAAUCGGGUACCGUGCUGUCAAGUUUUUUCUGGGGGUACACAUUGACACAGUUUCUGGGAGGCUAUCUGAGUGAUCGCAUCGGGGGCGAUGUUAUUCUGCCCAUAGCCGCUACUUUAUGGAGCCUGUUGACCUUCUGGACCCCAGUCCUGGCCACUCUUGUGUCAGACAAGCACAUGGGCAUCACCAUUCUGGUCAUCUCGCGGGUUAUGCUGGGCAUGUGUCAAGGCUUCCAUUACCCAGGGUUCACUAGUAUGAUAGCGAAAAAAGUCUCAGAGAAAGAACGAUCUUUUACCUACGCAUUUAUAGCUGCAGGCUCCCAUCUUGGCACUUUGAUGUGUGGCAGUCUUGGCUCUUUACUACUAGAACGAUAUGGGUGGGAAAGUGCGUUCUAUGCCUGUGGUAUAGGCGGUUUAGCCUGGAUGCUGUUUGUCAGAUACUACCUUAUAGGGCAGUAUCGUCAGAAGUACAUUCCAGAGCUAGAUAGUAUGGUUGUGGCAGAAAAAAUGGCUGCCAGACCCAAGGAAAAAACCUCUUCAGUUCCAUGGCUGGUAUUAUUUGCUACCCCAGCAUUUUGGUCACUCAUUGUGGGUCACUUCUGUCAAAGUAAUGCAUUUUAUAUUUUAUUAUCCUGGUUACCUUCAUAUUUUCAUGAAAACUACCCAUCAGCUAAGGGCUGGGUUUUUAAUGUUGUUCCAUGGUUAGUGUCUAUACCCUCAUCAAUAUUCAGCGGCUGGUUCGCAGAUCAUCUCAUUUCUAAGGGUUAUAGUGUUACUCUUGUAAGAAAACUGAUGGCGAGUAUAAACCUGGCCGGAGUGGCCUUAUUCCUUAUACUGCUCACCUACACUACCACCUACGCUAGCUCUCUCUUCUGCAUGGCCAUGUGCAUCUGUUGUUCUGGCUUCCACAACAGUGGCAUCGCAGUCAACCCUCAGGAUAUAGCUCCUGGCUCAGCAGGAUCUGUGUUUGGUAUCAUGAACAUGGCUGGGGCAAUUCCAGGUUUUGUGGGUGUGUACAUGGCUGGUCACAUCUUGGAGGCCACCCACAGUUGGAAUGCUGUGUUUAACCAGACAGCCAUGGUGUGCCUGUUUGGAUGGGUUGUCUACAGCUUGUUUGGCACUGCAAAGAAAAUUGUCUGAAGAUCUCAUGAACAGAAAUUGUUAUUCACUUCUACGUCUUGCCACCCUUGUGUUUUGUGGUACGCUCCGACACAGCUGAAAUCUUUGACGUUUAUAAACACAUUCUUCUCUAUGUGUAUGAUAGUGACAAGCCAAGUCUUUAAAAACCUUCUGUUCAUGUUAUUAUUCUGUCUUUAGCAAGGUUCCAUAAACCAGACAACUACAUGCACGUGAUCUGCAUUUAUUGACUGCAAAUGGUUUGUACACACUCAGAAGAUAAAUAGUGACAAAUCUUUGAUGUCUAUUCUUAGCUACAUUUCAACAGACCUUGCUUUGUAAAGGGGGACAACUCUUGAUGAACUAGAGGGCAGAGCAAAGUGAAAACUCACCAUACCGCAUCUCUGUAUACAGUUAGGUACAUUAAGGGUACACACAUGUACAACAGAGAAUUAAUAGCAUUAUCAGAACUACUUCUGCACAGAUCACAUACUAUACACCAUUCUCUUUUGUCUAUGUGAGUACAAAACAAUAUUGUUUUGUAAUUAUACAUGUAAUUUAAUGAAAUGAAAGCUGAUGUUAUCAUUAUAUAGCUGUCAGAUUAUGCUGUCAAAUUUGGUUGUGCUAAAAGUUUUUUUUCUUGUCAGUAUUGAUAUAUGAUACUGUAGCUCUCCUGUGUAUGUGUACUGAUGGAUGGAGAGCUUCAGACAAAAUGCUGCGGAUACUGGGCAGCUCCUGUCCAAUCCAAAAUGAGGCUGUGUGGCAAUAUGAAGGGUUUCUUUUGGAAGAGUUGGUACAUUGUGCACAGCAUGAUAAAUAUUAGCAUGAUAUGGAAGCUGUGGUGAAUUUCUUUAAAUUUUUUACCUUGAAAUUAUGCACAAGAUGAAGGUUUUUUUGUUGAGCAGAUGUCCCUUUCUUUCUUUCUGUAAUGGUUAGCCAAGGAUCUGUGUCUUUACAGCUAAGCAAGCCACCCAAUUUUGUUAUCUGUCGCUCUGUGGUUGUCAGGAGGACUGCAGUUCGGUAUGACAAAACACACAGCUCAUAUUCAUCUAUCCAGUAACUUAUUAGAUUUGAAUCAAGCUUUCACUGGUGUGAAGUUUUAUGUCAGGAGCAUGGCGUAAUGACCUAGGAGACUCACACCAGUGCGGAAGCUGUGAGUGUAAAUCCAUCUCAUGUUGGCCUCCUCUUCGGCCGUAUGUGGGAAGAUCAGCCAGCAGCCUGCAGAUGGUCGUGGGUUACCCCUGGGAUCUGCCCUGUUUCCUCUCACCAUAAUGCUUGUUGUCAUAUCAGUGAAAUAUUCUUGAGUACGGAGUAAAACGCCAAUCAAAUAAAUAAAUCGUCAUAAUGCUGGCCCCCAUCGUAUAAGUGAAAUAUUCUUGACUUUGGAAUAAAACACCAAUGAAAUAAAUAAAUAAAUAAAGUAAGCCAGGAGAUUUAUCAGGUAUCUGGCAAAUGGGAGUGAAUUACAUUGGGCAUUCUGAACUCCUCUCACAAAGCAGAAAGAUUUCACUGGGGACAAAUGUCUGGGAAUAAUAUUAAGCACCAGUCAAACAAACGUGUUCACACCUGUCAGAUAAAUGCAUGUAUCGAAUGUGGGAUCAUGUCAGAAAUCUUAAAAGAAAGAAUGUUUUUUUCUUCAGUGGACUAGUUCAGGUGUUAAUGUACUUUAUUUUUAAUGAGAUGUAUUGACAUCAUAGAAAUUCAGACAUUCACAGGUGCACACAUAUUUUUUAUAUUAUAUGGAUGAGAAAACUGCGUGCUUAUUGUCUACCAAAACACUCUUGAUUGUAUAGAUUGCACUUCAACCUACAAUGUAGUAAUGAUAUGUACCUCACUGAUUGUUUAGAUCAUUUCAGCAAAUGUCGCAAUUGAUUUUACUGUAUUUCAUUUUGUUCCAACCAGAUUGCAUUUAAAAAAAAAAAAAAAUUCAAUUGUCUGUAUGCUUUAAUUCUGUUCCAUGCUUAAGUUACACCUCUUCAUCCAGUUGAGUGGAUUGGUUUUUUUUUUAAUUCUGUUGAACUAAAUGAGGUAAGAAGAAUUUUGGUACAUGUUUUUAUGUGUACACUACUGGAGUUUAUUGGGUGUGACAGGAAAUUUUGAACAUGACAAUUAAAAAGAUGUUUUGAAAUUUGUUUGGAAGAUAUGAUGAUAUCCUGUUGAGGAAGAUGUGAACCAAGACUAAUAAUUUGUGCCUACAAGUGAGCAUUUUUGCAGGCAGAUCUACCGAAAUAUUACAUUUGGUGUUGACACAUAUGCUGUUUCCAGUAGGAUAUCAUCCUACCUACCAAAACAAACCUCAAAAGAGCUCAAAUCAGCUGACAUGACUGAACAAGCUCUCAAAGUCAUGGCUAUACAUGGAGUGGUACAGCAGAUGCAUGCAGUUUAUUUAUGGUAAUUUAUACAUUUAUUGUUGUCUCAUCCUUCUCUGUUGCAGAUUUAUGUGUACAUUUAGAAAUAUAUGUACAUGAUAAGAGUUGCAAUGUAGUAGAAUAAUGUGGGUAUUUUGAUCUGUAUUGCUCUUGUGACAGUGCACAGAUUUUGUU